ACUUGCUUCUUUUUAGAAUUUUUUCAUAAACAAAUAACUGGAAACAUCUCUAAGAAGAGGAGAGGCCAGUUCCUCAUUUUAGCUGUAUCAAAGUUGCUUGUGCUCCUCCUAGGGGAGGGCCUGUGGUUGCAGGUAUGUAAUCAGCUGUCUAAAAACUUCAUCUGGCCACUGGCUCUGUAACUAAGUAGACGCUGUGGAUGGGCAGGAUCCAGCCAAUGUCACAUUCAGAGGCCGAUCAUCCCUCAGGCUCCAUAGACUGCUCCUCACAGAAGAUGCACCAACCUUCAUGUCAUUCGCCUCUAGAAAAGCACAAAAAAAUACCAGGGAAUGAGUGGCUCUUGAAUGUAGACACUGAGCAACCCCACUGUGAUCCAGAGAAUAGUAACAAUAUCUCCUGGAACCUUCCAGCAACCAGUCCUCUUAGCUUCCUGGAGAAGAUGGAAUCAUCUAGCCCAGAGACAAAGUCCCAUGACUGUGGGAUAUCACCUCAGAACCCAUGGCACUCGUCAAAGAAACCCUGUGAGAGUCAGAGCCACAUGCUCCAGUUUGACCGACAAGCUCCAGGCCGCAUUUCCACCUCUCCCACUUUGAGGAGGUUGAGGGGUAGUGGCUGGGGAAUUUCAUCCUUGCUACCCCAGCAAAACGCCCUGGAAUUACCCACUUGGGGAAGCUGGAGAGGACCUGUGAAGGCCCAAGGCUGUCUUUCUAAGAGUCUCCCUGGAAGUCCAAAGGGUUCAUCACCCUCCCUGUCACCCCUGACACCUGACUCAAGAUUGCCUUCUGACCCUGCAAGCAUCAAUAACACAGCUGGCAAAGUCAGAUUCCAGCCCAGGCCUACUGAGGAUGUUCUUCCUGGGCUGCAGCUCAUCAAUCAGGGGUCUCUUCACCAGGCCGACAAAGACCUUAGCCUGCCUUGCGCCACCCCAGGGUACCCAAGUCCUAAGGGAGAAGAAUUCUACGGAUCCAGGUUCUAUGAACACAGACGGAGUUCUGUGGUACUGAACUUGCCAGGACUUGAAGUAUUCCCUGGAGAUCUUCUGGUGUCUGAUGGAGCUGCUGAUUACCUGUGUCACCCACUUCUGCUGCUGAAUCCAGAAUCCAAGAAACCAAGAUGGCCUUUCUCCAAAAGAGGAGUGCAGAACAAAGAUAAACACAAACACAUGUCCAAUCUGGAAAGCUGCCUUUCCUCUGUGCGGAUUACAGACUUCAGGGGCUACGAGUUCUACAGUCUUAAGGAUAAAACCUGGAGUGAAGUCAUGGAAACACAUAAAAAACUCCCUGAUGAUCAAUUCGAUUUGACAAAGCAGCAAGAGGCCAUAUGGGAACUUUUCACAAGUGAAUGCACUUAUUUCUUGGACCAUUUGCUAGUUCUUAAAAUGAUCUUUAUGAGUACACUAAAGUAUCUGCAAAUUCAUGAAUAUCUCCUGGAUGUGGAUUUGUGGAGACUUUUUGCAAACCUGGAAGAGUUAACUCAGACAAGCCUUGGUUUUGUGAACAGUCUUUUGAGUAUCAUCAAGGACUAUGUAGAUGCUUCUGAGACUUCACGAUUGGUGGAUUUCAUUCCUGUGCUCACAAAGUAUUUCCGAGGAAGCCUCUGUCAGAGCCACCAGACCUACUGCUUGAAUUACUCUGCUGCUGUGUUUUAUCUUGAGAGCCUGAAGCAGAGAGAUGACUUCAGCAUUUAUCUAAAAUGGUGUGAGCAAAAUGAACAGUGCAAGCGACUUCACCUGCCUGAACUCCUGGUGGCCCCUUUGCACAGGCUGACUCGAUAUCCCUUAUUGCUAAAGAACAUCUGGAAAAGAAGUACAGACUCCACUGAGAAAAUCAUGAUCUACUCCAUCAAGGAAAAGGUGGAAAAGUCUAUUCGGGAUCUUGAAGGAAAAGUGAAGUGGCUUGACAAUUUCCAAAAAUUUAGACAUCUACAGGAAAUUAUAGUGUGGCCUCCUCUCUGGGAUAGAGAUAAAAGAUUUUUCAUUCCAGAGUGUUUGAAACACAUUUUUAAAGAACACAUGGCAGAAAACAUCUUGUCACCAACCAACAGACACCUUCUCUAUGAAGGAAAAUUAACUCUUGCAGAAAGUACAAGAUUCCUAGAUGUUUAUCUGUUUCUCUUUGAUGAUUUCCUCCUGCUUACAAAAACUAAGCGUAACAAAAAGAAACUUGGGGGCACAGACUUUGGUUUGAUAUGCCCUUCACUUACUCCAGAGCUGCAAACUGUUAUAAAAGAGGGUGGUUCAUGCAUGGUACUCGAUCAGCCCAUUCCACUAGAUAGACUAGUAAUCAAGGGCAUUGAUCCACUUCAUGUAUCAGUCUUUGGCCUGAGACAUGCUUUUCUUAUACAACAUGAAAACAGAUAUCAACAGUGUAUAGCAGCAUUCUUAUUACAAGCCCAAACGGAACAUAUCAAAAAAACAUGGAUAACCCAAAUAGCAACAGCCAUCUCUGGCUUCACCAAGAGUCAGAAAACCAAGAAAAAAUCUUUAUUCACAUUAUCUGCAGAAUCCUCUGAAAUUUAGGCACCUAAACUAAGUGGUAUGAUUUUUUAGAGGUUAGGACUUAAGGUAUUCUUUCACAUGAACUUUCCUAACACUUACCUUGUGAUGAACUGGAAGGAAAUAUGCAUUUGGAAGGUAUUCUAGAAUUUGAGAAUUUCAGCCAGAAAAUCCAAAUUUGAACUCUAGGGAACUUGUUGUUAAAUACACAUUGAUAUCCAGACUAUUCUCAAUGUUUCAGUUGGAUCUGUAAAAGACACAAGAAGAAUGGUGCUAAUAUAACUUAUAAAGGAUGAAUGAUGAGAUAAAUGGAGCAUCAGAAAGAAGACAAUGCCCACUGUGUCUGUCCAAUAUAAAUUCUAACAUCUUACUCAAUAUAUCUAUAAAAUAAUUAAAAUAAUUUUCUUACUGCUUAUAAAUCAAUCUGACUGCUUUACAGUCCUACCUCAAACACAAUGAUAAUUUUGAUGUACGUUUGACUGCCCUUUUAAUAUGUUAAACAAUAAGUAAGGUCUAUAUU